AUGAAUGAAACCGAUCAGCUUAGCGAUAUUUCCGAAGACGGCCUUGAAUCGCCCGGACCUCAUACUGAAUUCGAUGAUAGCGAUCUACUCUCGAAUAAUGUCCAGGCUGUCAGCAGCAUGCACCAGUAUGAAAGCAAACAAACACAUGCUUUUGAUCCAUCAGAAAAUAUUGUCGAUUACAGUAUCGAUCACAUUGAAUUUGCUAGAACUGGUUUUGCAAAUGCUGGUUCUUCGACGAUAUAUGAUUUGUUAGCUAAAACUUUCGACUCCGAGUCAAUGAGUAAUAUCGAUACAGGUAUUAUGCUGAUCACUAUGGCAGAACAAUAUCUCAAAUUAUGCGGUGCUGACGAACAGCAGAUCAAGAAGAUUAUAAGAGCUAUAGCCGCAGCUGAGGAGUUUUCAAGAAUUAGAAGUUCCUUAGGUUCUGACUUUCUACAAGUUAUUAAAGCGGUCUUAGAACGUAAUGGCCUUUCUAUUAUGUCAGUAAAUCAGUCAAUAUUAGGAGCUAAUGGAAAUAUUCCCUUUCAAUUGGAAUUGCUAUUCUCUAGCGGUUCAGAAACAUUUACUAUAUCGUCGCAUUACCAUCGAGAAUUUGAAGAACUUGGAUUUCUUGGUGGUGGCGGCUUCGGACGUGUAUUCAAAGCUGUUCACAAAGUUGAUCGUAAUUCGUAUGCAAUCAAAAAGAUACAUGUAAAACUAGAAGAAGUUGAAAAGGUAUUCCGAGAAGUCCGUGUAUUAUCACGCCUUGAACAUCCGAAUAUAGUUCGAUACAAUAGUGCAUGGCUAGAAUGCGAAACAAUGGAUGAAAUUGAUUCCGUUUCCGGUACUAGUAAUUCACAAGUUACUUCUCAUCUAUCAACUAACGUUGAUGAUUCCACUUAUGACAAAUUUGCUAAUAGCAAUGAUUUACAGAGAAAUACUAACGAUAGUGAAGAUAGUGAUGGCAUCGUAUUUGAAAUAAUUGAUAAAUCGUCGUCAAUUAAAAUAUCAGAAAAUAGAGCAAAUGAAAGUACCAGUAAAACUACCAGCUCUACAUCAAAUGCAAGUAAAGCACAAAGAUUACAAGAUAUUUCAUCUCACAGUUUAGAAGCGAAAAACCGUAAAAAGCGCUUGAUUCAAAAAUUAAAGUCCAUUAGUCGACGAGACAUGUCCUCAUCUGCAAAGAAGUUCUUAUUAUCUAAGAUGUAUCCAAGCGAAAUUUCAUUAUCAUCUUUGUCAAAAAGUUCCAUAAAUGAUACAAGCUCGUCCUUUCAUCGUAGCGUUUCGAUGAAUGAUGCAUUAAUGUUAUAUAGAGGUGGCAGUCCAAGUAACUUUAGAAUACCAUUUCCAAGAAGUCCCUCGUCUCCUUUUGGAAUUGGUCCAUCAAAUAAAGUUGUACUUUAUAUUCAAAUGCGUCUUUGUAAAAAUACACUAAAAAAUUGGUUGGUCGAGCGAAAUUUUGACGUCACAAAUAAUUGUCACUGCGGUGUCAAUCCAGCACAAAAUUUUCGCAUUUUUAAACAAUUAUUGGAAGGCAUCGAUUACAUACAUUCUCAAGGUUUAAUUCAUCGUGAUAUCAAGCCCCAUAACAUUUUCUUUGUAAACAACGCUGACGGUCAAGUAAUGAUUGGAGAUUUUGGACUUGCAACACUGACAUCUGAUAAGGAAGAAAACGUUUCAACUAACAAAAACUUAGAUAUUAAUUCCGACCCUGAUCUAACUUCCGGAGUCGGGACUACUCUUUAUGCCUCUCCGGAACAAAAAAGCGGCUCAUGUUAUGAUAGCAAAUCCGAUAUCUAUAGCCUAGGCGUAAUACUUUUCGAACUUUUCCAUGUGUUUGGUACUGAUAUGGAGAGAGUGACAACAAUAAGUAAGAUGCGAGAUGGAAUCUUGCCGAGCAAAUUUUUACAAGAAUGGCCUGAAGAGAGCGAAACGAUAUUGUUAAUGACUAAUAAAGACUCUACCAAAAGACCUAGUGCAAGUGAAAUCUUGAAAUUAAAGUAUUACAAAUCUGCAGACCAGAUCAUUGCAACAAUGGAAAAAAAAAUGGAACAAAAAGAUGCAGAAAUUGCAAGUCUUAUGCGUUCUUUCAAAGAAUUAUACACUGCUGUCGAACAAUUACAAUCACAAAUGCAAGAGAAAGAUCAAACGAUUUCAUUCCUAGAACAGAAGCUGAACGUCGUUAACAAAAUUAGAUAA